GGUAUUAUUGUUCUGUGGCUAAAUGUAGUAAAAGUAGCAUGUGUCGCUAUGUUUUUUAUGACUCCAGGAGUGAAGCCAGUUAUCCCACCAACUACAAUGCCGGUUACGAUGAUGAACCCUGCGGUAGCACCAAUUGUGUCCACCGUGGCCCAAGUACCAGCUGAGAUUGCACCACCUGUCAACUUACCUGUAAAACAGUGGCUUGGUCCGCCGGUGAACAAAGCUGGUUGCAUUGUGCCAGUGAGCGGCGCCCUCGCAUCCGCUAGACGCGAUCCACGCCUCGCUCGACUAGUCGCCGCGCCCACUACACCAGUCGCCCCUCAACCUAUCGCACCCAACGUAUUCGAUAUCAAACCUCUCGGGCGGGUCACUAAACGCAAAAACUUUAUCACCAUCGAAGUCAGCCCUGAUGCUCCGCCCGUGCUACACCCGCGCGAUCCCCGUCGCCGUGAUCCGCGUCUUAACAAACGUGACGACCGCCAAUGGCGGCCACCGCAGCAACGCCCUGAAAGACAACCGGAAUCGUACUCCAUCCUCGAACGCCUCCUUGAAGUUAAAAGUAUCGCUAAACUCCCGCCGAUACCCAAAAUACAGCGAGAGCGAGAACCAGACGAGGAGCAAGCCGUUGUUCUUAAAAAGAAAAAAGACACUCGCGAUGAAAGGAAGAAGAAAAAAGUCAAGGACAGUGGCUCUAACAGCUCAUCGCCCGAAAAGAAAGCCCGAUCGCUGAAACAUAGUGAAGCCAAAGAGAAAGAAGUUCCAAAAGACACGAAAGAUAAGCAAAAGGAGACUCCUAAAGAGCAGAGGGAUAAACGCCGGCGCGAACGGCGGCUGGAAACGGAACCGGAGGCGCCGGCACCCGUACCUGAGGAGGACGUUUUCAAGGAGCUCAAAAAUUAUCGCAAGGAUCGCUGCUACAUGUGCCGCAACCGGGGUAAAUCGGGGAGCCCCGAGCGGCCUGCUGCCGACGCCAAUAAGGAAGCAGAAGCGUCAAGUGUAAACGAUGUUGUUGUGGAGAAUAAAGACAUUGACUUUAGAGUGUUGCACCGAGCAGUGGCUGAAACAAAAGCGGCCCCCGUUGCCCAAAAGAGAUCAUCCACAGAACUACUUGACGGCAAACCUAAGAAGAGUAAAAUUGAUAAGCUUGAUGUUUUGUUUGGUAACGAAGAUGUUGAUCUUCGCCAACUACCGCAAGUUGAAGAAUUAACAGCGCCUCCACCUCCAUCACUGGAUUUAACGUAUACGGAAGCAAUCCCAGCAGAGGAUGACAAAGAAACCUCACCGGAAACAUCAACUAAGAAAGAUUGGCAGGAUGUGAAGGAAAAGGAUGAGGAUAAUAGGAAGACUCCUCUAAAAUUAGAUUUGGUUAGAGCUAAAUUACUUCGCAACAUCAAUGUGAACGACUUGUUCGCCAAGCUAGUAGCGACGGGUAUCGUUCAAGUACCAAAUGAACCGAAAAAAAAAGAGAAAGCAGAACAAAAGACCGAAGAUGUAAUGAAACCUAAGCCUAAAGAAGAUAAGAAUAUCAUACACAGAGCUGAUCUUUUGAAGCCUGAAACUUUGAGAGUGUAA